AUGAUGGGACCCGGCUGCUUCUCAGUUGCAUUGUCUUUCAAAGAAGCCGGCCUUUGGUUACACUCAGAGCGAAUGAUGUACUUUCAGGAACUCAUAUUCCACGGAAAGUAUUCACAUCUCUCUUUACCGGCAGUGACAGACUUCAGCGGAGUGACGAUCGCAGCUGGUGGUUUGAUGUACGCUUUCGAAGGACAGGCUAUGGUGCUUGCGUUGGAGAAUCGGCUAAAAACGCCUUCGGACAUGGUUGGACUUGCGGGGGUCCUCAGCACAUCUAUGAACGUUGUGAUGCUGAUCUAUGCUUUUCUUGGUUUCUUUGGUUAUCUGACAUUCGGACCAUCGGUCGCUGGCAGUCUCACUAAUUCAAUUACAAUUGCAGGACCUUUCUGUGAAAGCAUUACUAUUAAAUUGCCUUGUGGACGGCCACAGGCUGAGGUGACAGUGAAACUCCUACUGGUGGCGAAAAUCUUUCUUGGCUCGGCUCUUCAGCUCUACGUUAUCAUAUCAAUCCUUUCGCCAUCUCUUUCGGCACGAUUUUUCAAAGCCGCUCCACGACGGGCCAUUAUCAGCGAAUAUAUUCUCCGUGUGGUGCUCACAAUUUCUCGUCAGUGGCGUUGCCGUCUGUGUCCCGAAGGGCUGUACGAUAUCAUUCCGUUGGUAGGAAUCACUGCAGGAAUGCUUCUUUCACUUAUUCUGCUGCCGUUCUUUCACACUCUUCAUGUUUGUGCCAAUAGUUUUCUCGAAGGAAAGACGCAUUCUCAGAGCGAUGUUCUUUGGUCAUCGAAAACACGACGUUGUUCGGAUUGGGAUGGACGUUCCUUGCAACUGGAUUAUAUUCGAGUAUAA